AAGCGAGCCAGUUUACAAUACCGUAUCGACACCGAGGGUUGUUUCGCUCGUUAUUGUGGCCGUGUGAAUGGUGCUUUACAAUAUUAUAACAGCAAAUUGUUGCAGAGUGCUGUGAUUUGUUGUGUUGUGUCGGUGAACCGCCGCGGUGCGAGUUCCAGUGAACAGUUGUGAUGCAUUUGAGGAUUUGCGUAUGGCUGUCUUGUGUCGUCCUCGCAGGAUAUGUUCGAGCGACAGAGAGCGUCGGCGGCGCGCCCUCGAGCAAGGAGCAGCCGCUCGCGCCCGAGCGGGACCUGUACAUCGACGAUGACGGCUCCGGCGUAGACCCCGAGAGCUCGGGCUCGGGCUGGGGGCCCGGCGUGGACGACGAGGACUCGGCCGGCUCAGGUGACCAUGCGCCGGAAGACGACGAGGACUACACGGACCGGACGCACCUGUCGCUCGGCCGCGCCUCCACCACGCUAGUCCCCGUCACCGCCCUCCCAGAGACCACCACCCAGCUCGCCAUAUCCUCCUACCGGCCAGACCUAGACGUCGUUACUCGCCGACUGCCGGAGCAGACGAGCGAGGGGGCGGGCGAGGAGAGAGGCGCGGGGGGCGACGUGCCCUCGCGCCCCGACCAGACCGACAUCAACAUCUCCGGAGAGGAAACCAUCACAAAUACCGAGCAGGACCCCGCGGGCGGCAGCGCGGGCUCGGAGUCGCGGCCGGUGGACAGCGUGGUCUUCAUCAUGAACGCCAAGCCCGAGGACCGCGCCACCAGCUUCUUCGCGCAGCCGGGCAUCCUUGCAGCUGUGAUAGGCGGUGCCGUCGUCGGACUACUAUGCGCGAUCCUAGUAGUGAUGUUCAUAGUGUAUCGCAUGCGCAAGAAGGACGAGGGCUCGUAUGCCCUCGACGAGCCCAAGCGGAGCCCCGCGGCCGCCUCCUACGGGAAGGGCCACAAUAACCGCGAGUUCUACGCGUGAGACGAACCGGAACAAACCCUGCCACGAGUUUACUAGGCGACGGACCGACCGGGGCUGGCUGGAGAGACAACCACGCCUCGAUCGGCCCGUCGGCAUUCUAAUUUCGAAAUAUCAUUUUGACAGAUGCGUUCCUAACACACGCAUAUCGCAUUUCACUAAUUGUAUGUUAAUUAUCCUUUUUUAUAUUUUUAACGUGGCGUAAUUGUUCUGUGUUCGUCAAGUAUAGGGAGAAAACGAAUUAUUUUGAACGUGAUGAAUAAUUUAUUGUUUAUGCGAAGAUCGACAUGAUUGUACUGUAACGUGUACAAACGUAAUAAUAAAUAGGAGCAUAUGAGGACAGUGUGGGACGGAGAUUGGCCGAAGAAAAUCUGAGUGAUGAUUAUGUCUGUUGUGUAGUAUAAGAACCUUCCUUUUAAUUUAUUUUGGGCUGCUAUGUAUGUGUUUCAAGAAGGAUAUAAUAUUGAUUGUCUCUACAAUACCUAAUGUAAGUAGGUAUAAAUGUUAGGAGGUAUUUUCGGUAGACUUCAAUGUUGGAGCAUUCUCUCUAAAAUAUUCGAGACCAAAAGCUGUGGUUCUAUAACUGAUAAUACUUACCAAUUUUUUGUAUACUAAGUAGUUUCUGUAUGGGAGUUGUAUAUCACGUUGUCUAUACUAUCUUAAUAAAUGUGCCAUCUGCUUUUUCUUCUAAUGUAUAUGCCUAAGAGACACUCUAGCUAGGGAUACACGUAUAAAAGAUUCAUAUUAGGUACCUACACAUAACUGCUGUAAUUUCCUUGUUAUGUUUAUAAAGCAUUUUUUUUUAUAUUGUUACGAUACUUUAAUAUUAAUAACUAUGAUCCAUAGUACUAUAUAAGAAGCAGAAUACAUCUUAGAAACAUGUAUAAAGAUACCUACUCCACGGUAAAACUAUGGGAUCUAAAAUAAAUAACUUCAGGUUUUAGAUAUCUGAAUAAUACACACCAAUACAAAGAAAGUUCUGAAACACUUUAACACCAUGUGAGUACCUCUGUAAAACAAUUCUUCGGAAUUUUAUAAUAUAAAUAAGCUGACGAUUUUAUGUACUAGACAUGUUAUGUAUGUUCAUGUAAAGUAGAGUUUGUAUGACAAAUUGUAAAUGUAUCUAAUCUAGGUAUAGAUUAGAGAUUACAUAACACACAUAAUGUACCCAACUACCGAAUAGGUACCAAAUUGUUGGCAGGACUUAACAGCAGUCAUCGAAUUUUAUACGAUUUUCUUGAUUAUGUUUAAGAAAAUAACUAAAUGAUAAGAAGCUAAACAUACCUACUAUACAAUUUUAAUUUAUAGCCAGCCAAGCCAGGCUAAUUUGAAAAUUUCUGGUGAAAUUAGUUUUUGGGAUUAUACCUAAUUUGCGGUAUGUAGUUUUAUAUUGAUUAAGGACGUUUAUGUCUUUGGGGCUAUGAAUAAAAUUAAUGAAAAUUAUUGUAGUUUUAGUUUUUUAUAAAUUUAAUUUCUUAGAAUUUUAUAUAUUUCGGCUAUCGAUUAUGUUUUAACUAUGAACUAUAGAUAAAUAUUUUAUUAGGUUGUGCAACAGAAUCUGUUUUAAUUUAUGUAAACAUCUGCUUACAUUUUAUAUGUUUUAUACAAUGGCAAUCCUUUAAUUUUGUGCCAUUUUAACUUCUUUAAGGUCUUAUCUUUACUAAUUUAAUGAAGUACCUAAUGCAGUAAGUGUAUACAGUAACUACGGCCUUUCAUUACUUUCAACACAUAAAUUAGUCAUUAAUUUAUUGUAAUCGCAGAUAUAAAUAACUAUACAUAUUUAUUAAAGACUAGUGAAUAGAUAAAAUGUUGAUACCGAAGAAAUAUAGAAAAUUAUGAAAUAUUUAUAAUAAUUUGAUUUAUGAAAAAUAGAUACAUAUUUAUCUAUAUUUCAGCUAUUCACUAAAUCGCCAACUGACUAUAAAAAAAUGAUUCUGAAACAUUCCUAUUUGAAUCCUGUAAUGAAUAGGGGUAGAGAGCGGCUCGGCUCAAACUUAGUUGUUAAGACACUGUAAAUGUAUCUUGUAAAUUCUAUAGGUGUAAAAGUGUGUAAUUUAUAUAAAAUAAGUAAAUAACUAGUGGUUUUCAAAAUUGAUGACUAAGGGUACGUUCACACAGACCGACUCGGAGACGCGAGCAGAUUUUUAAAACGAUGUAAACAGAGCCGUUUUUCUUUGCAACGUCGUUAUAAUGACUGAAGGUUCUAUUUCAAACGUGAUAAAAAUCUGCUCUUGUUUCUGAGCCGGUCAGUGUGAAGGGGCCUAAAGAAACAGGAUCUUCUGUAAAGUUUGCCGAUUCCCCUGUAGUGUAGUGGCCUAGUUGCAGAUUUACAUCGAACAUGAUUGAAAAUUGAUGUUCUAUGGUUAAUUAAUUGGUUAUUCAACUGAAACCCCAUUAAACUGUACCGUAUUAGGUGAUUCUAUUUCCCAACUUCUCAAAUGACUGUUGCUAAUCAAAAUAACGAUUUUCUAAUAAAAAUACGAGAUAAAUUGAGAGCAUGAUGAUGACUGUGUGGAUCUUAUCUAUAAAAUGUAAGAGGCGACCUAAGAUAAAAUGUCCUGGCGUAAAAUUAUGAAACCUAAAGACAUAUCGACACCAGACCUUUCGAAAGGACAUAAUUAAGUAUAAUAACUGCAACACCUAUUAAAAAAAUCUAAAAUUUAAUUUAUAUGAAUGAUAUGUUAUAAUUUUAUUUAUUGUUAAAACAUAUCGUUUAUAUUGUAUUGUUUAUUUGUGUUCGGACACAGUAAAAUAAGUAAUGGCCAUACAAAACAGAUUAUUUCAUCUUACCGCUUUUCUAAACCAUUUAAUGGAAAUUAAUUAACAAUCGUAUCCUUUCAUUGCAUACAUCUAACACCUACCAGACUUUGAAUGCCGACACAAGAUGUGUGUCUUGUUUUACAGUGUCUCAAUAAAAAUCAUACUACCACUAAGUAUAUGAAAUUUUAUUUAAACAGCAUAAUUUUUAGCACACAGCAUGAUUUUUAUCCCUGGACAUUGCGAAACAGGCUCUCAGAAUUUGAAUAAGGAAAGUAGAUGUUAUUUGCGUUUGCUUAUUUCAUUUCCACUUGCUAAUGGGAAUUCUUACCAAAAAAAAACAUUGCUGGCUUUACUGUUUCGAUCAAUAGAUAUUUAAUCAACCACGGUUUAUAAAUACAGAAAUUCAAAAGUAGAUGAUAAUAUCUGCAACUAAAAACCUAAGUAAAAUUUGUUAAGCGUAUAGGUAGGCAUAACUAUGAAUGUCCACCAUGUAAAUAAUUACUCCUUUACACUUAAAUAUACAGACUAAAUUAAA